UUGUUGUCGACAAAUUAUAUCAAAUUAUGAAAACCAGCUAUUUAGCAUUCGUUUUUAUGUACAGUGCGUGCAAUUUGAUUAAUUUUAUUGAAAGUAAUCCUCAAAAACCCUGUAAUUGCGCAGCGGUGCAAUGUUUGGCACCAAAAUGUCAUCCAUGGCAGAAUGUCGUUGUACCCUCUGGACAAUGCUGUCCAAUAUGUGAACCAAGUGAAUGUCAAAAACCUGAAGAAUGUCCUUUAACAUUAUGUGCUCCACCCAAUUGUGAUAAAAAUCAAGUGCCAAAGAAAUUACCUUGCAAUUGUUGCCUGGUUUGUGUGCCUAAAGAUUGUCAGACACCUGAAGAUUGUAUGCUAGUGCGAUGCGCAAUGCCGGUAUGUAAGAAAGGAUUGGUACCUAAAAAACUACCAUGCAAAUGUUGUCACCAAUGCGUACCUAAGAACUGUUUAGGGGAAAAAGAGUGUGCCCAUACUUCUUGUCUCAAACCAGUUUGUCAUCCUUGGGAAAUUCUCAUAACUCCCAAAUGCCAAUGCUGUCCAAUCUGUAUGUCAUUACCAGAUAAAUAAAAUUGUUCUUUAAUUUUUUUUUUACUUUUACAACAAAAUAUUGUCUGUUGAUUUAAAAAUAUAAUGUAAUUCCCA